UUAAAUAAGGAACUAUUGUAAGAGCCGACAAAAUGAAGUGGCAGCAAGGCAGCUCUCACCACAUCUGGACGUUGGUCCUAUGGCUGUCGCUUGGAUUGUGCGGUCUUGUCCGUGCUGAAACAAAUUUGCCGCCCGUGUUCACAGAAACGCUCAACAAUAUUGUGCUUUAUGAGAAUGUUCCUGUCGGCACGGUGGUCUUUCGGCUAGAGGGUUAUGAUCCAGAGGGCAGCAAUGUCACUUUUGGUGCCAUAGGCUCUGAUCAUUUCAGCGUAGAUCCAGUGUCGGGCAACAUUACGUUAAUCAAGCCAUUGGACCGGGAGGAAACUGACAGCUUAACAUUUCUGGUUUCCAUACGCGAUCGUGUGGACGAACAUGGCGAGUCGGAGCAGGAUAAUGUGGUGCAGGUGCCCAUUACAUUUAUCAUACUCGAUGAGAAUGACAAUCCCCCGGAAUUUUACAAUACGCCCUAUGAAGCCGAUGUAAAUGAAGAUGCAGCAGUUGGCACCACAAUAUUCGAUAAGAUCUUGGUCAAGGAUCGUGAUACCAUAGGCGAGAGCUUGGACUUGAAAUGUUUGCCUCAGCAGCAAAGUCCGGAGGCUUGCAACAAGUUUUCGCUGGUGUUGCUGCAGCGCGAAGCCACUUUACUGACAGCGGCAGUUGUGCUCAACGACACGCUCAACUAUAAUCAGCGCAUGAUCUACCACUUCCAAAUCGAGGCCAACGAUGGCGUACAUAAAUCCCAAACUACUUUCGAAGCGCGGGUUAAAGAUGUGCAGGACAAGCCGCCGGUCUUUCAGGGAACAUUGUCCACAAUCAUUGACGAGGAUAGUCCUAUAAACACGCUCGUUCUAACGGUGCAUGCUCGCGAUGGGGACACGGGCGAGCCACGCAAAAUUGUCUACGAUUUGCUGAGCAAUCCGGGCGAUUAUUUUCUAUUGAACGCACAUACCGGCGAGUUGCGAACAGCCAAGCCCUUGGAUCGCGAGGCCUUGCCCGACUCCACUGGCUUGAUAACACUCCUCAUACGCGCUCGGGAGCUGGUCGAUGGUGUGCCCAGCAAUGAUGAGCUUACUAGCGCUACGGCUAAUGCCACAGUUACCAUACGCGAUGUUAACGACUCACCACCCACCUUUAAUAAGAAGGAGUAUGAGGUGGCCUUGCUGGAGAAUACACCUGCCGGCACGCCGUUGGCUCUAGACAUGAGUGUCAGUGAUCAGGAUGUUGGUGUUAAUUCGAAAUUCGCCCUGCGGCUGAAAGACGUGUCCGGAGUAUUCGAUGUGGAACCCAAACUGGUCACUGGCUAUUCGCAGGUCAACAUUCGUGUGGCCAAUGGGACUCUUGACUAUGAAAAUCCAAAUCAGCGCAAGUUCAUUGUGUUAGUGGUGGCUGAGGAGACGGAAACGAAUCCCAAACUGUCAUCUACGGCUACCAUUACGGUUACCGUAUUGGAUGCUAAUGACAAUAAGCCCAGCUUCGAACAGGAAAGCUAUACGGCAUCGAUAUCCGAGGCUGCCUUGCCGGGCCAGUACAUAACUACCAUUACGGCAAAGGAUGUGGAUUCGGGCAACUACGGAGAUGCAGGCAUACGCUAUAGUCUCUCCGGCACUGGCGCUGAACUGUUUCACGUCAAUGAACAAACGGGCGUCAUUACCCUGGCGGAUUGUCACGCGUUGACGAGCAACAGGCAAAAACUGCAAAGACGUAGACGUGACCUCAAUGAAUAUUAUAGCGAUGCGCUCGAAAUGCUGGCAGAGACCGACAGACCCGUGCCCCCGCCAAGCAAUAAAGCAAAUCUGGACAGCCGCGGUCUGAUUAGCGUUGGCCCGCUUGAGAUUAACACAGAGCCAACAGUGCAGUAUACGUUAAUCACGCAGGCGCAUUCAGAGGCACCGUCAUCGGCCUUUGCUAACGACAAUUCCAACGGCAACGGCAACGCCAACAGCAAGCACCCGGCGGACGAUGCAUCGCCGUUGGCGCCGAAGACGUGUCUGGACUACGAAACGGAGACCACGUACUUUUUGUCAUACAAAGCCACCGACGACAACGGUCAAGGACAAACAUCUGUGGUUUCGUUGCGCAUAUCGGUAAGAGAUGCUAACGACUCGCCGCCCAUUUGCGAAAGUCCGCUCUAUCGAGCCUCCGUGGAUGAGGGCGCUCAUGUAUUCGAUUCGCCUUUGGUUGUUAAGGCACGUGAUGCCGACACAAUGUCCAGCAUAAAUUAUCGCAUAGUUGGCACUCCACAAAUCGACGGCAUAUUCCAAAUAGACAAGCAGACCGGACAGAUUACCAUACGUCCGAAUGCCAGCCUGGAUGUCACGAAUUUAAAGAGUGAUCAACUCAUUUUUGUGGUCGAGGCUAACGAUGGCCUCUUCACUGCCAAUUGUGGAGUCAACAUUACUGUUAGAGAUGUCAACAAUCAUGCGCCCCAUUUCCAGCAACAAAAGUAUAGUGCGGUGGUAGAGGAGAACUCCGAGAUAGGCACCAGUGUAGAGAAGCUGCACGCCACUGACUUGGAUACGGGGAAAAAUGCCGAACUCAAGUAUCGCAUACAACAGGGCAGUUUCGAUGAUUUCCGCAUAGACGAACGCACCGGCGAGGUCUUCGUGUCCCGAAAAUUAGACUACGAUCGUCGCAAUACUUAUCAGCUGGAGGUUCAGGCCUCUGAUCUGGGCACUCCCAGUCUAACAGGCACCGCCACACUUACUAUUAACGUGCAAAAUAGCAAUGACAAGGAUCCCUACUUUGUGCCCGCCACUCAACAUGCCGAGGUACGCGCUGACGCCCCCGUCGGUCAAGUAGUCUACACCCUCAUUGCCCUGGACCCCGAUGUGGCCACACAUAAUGCCCUCGAAUUCGCAGCCACAGAGAUUACAGCCAUCGAUAAGGAGGGCAAGGAGGUGCCACAUAGUGAGCACUUUAAAGAGUUUUUCACCAUCGCCCGCAAUGGCAAAGUGUUGGUCAACAAAUCUCUGGAUCGCAAUCUAUUCGCCGUCAUGCGAAUCAAUGUAUUGGUCACCGAUAGCACCGCCCCGAAUGUGCAACAAGGACGAGGCUUGCUCAUAAUACAAAUAAUCGAUGUCAAUGACAAGCCACCGAAAUUCAAUGCACCUUGGAGCCCCGAACAGCCGAUUAUAAAACUGCAGAUGGUUGAGGAGCAGCCUGUAGGCAGCAUAUUGGGAACUUUACAAGCCAGCGACGAAGACUCCAGCAUCGGUGAAUUCAAUAUUUCGGCCAACGAUUACUUUGCCAUUAAUCACACAUCGGGCGUCAUAACAACAACAUCGCGUAUCGACUACGAAAAGGUCAAGGAAGUUAAAUUUGUGGCCACAGUAAGUGAUACAGGAGUUCCGGCGCUGACAGCCACAGCGGAUAUUGUCGUGGAUAUUAUCAAUUUGAACGACAAUGAGCCGCACUUCACUCAACCGGAGUACCAUUUCAACAUCACCGAGAACUCACCUCGCGGCACAGUGGCCGGCAAAGUGGAGGCCUUUGAUGGCGAUGUGGGCGCCUUCGGAGAGCUCACCUAUUCCCUGAUUGGCGAGAACAACAAAUACUUCACCAUCGAUGCCUACACGGGCAACAUAAUGGUGGCAAACGAAUCAAUACUAGAUCGUGAGCAGGUCACUCAGCUAACGCUGACAGCAGUGGCACAGGAUAAGGCGCCGGCAACAGUUCAGAAAUCGGCCACGGCAACGAUUUACAUCAAUAUCCUGGAUGUAAAUGAUAAUGCCCCGGUUUUCACGCGCGCCGUUUACAACUCGACAGUGGCGGAAAAUGCCGCCUACCAGCCACCUGCUGCGCUGUUGCAAGUCCAGGCCACAGACUUGGAUGAGGGUCUGUAUGGAGAUGUGCGAUACAUCAUAACAGCUGGGAACGAGGGGGCGCUUUUCAAACUGGAUGCACAAACUGGCAUAGUCUAUCCAGCACAGAGUUUGGAUGGCAAGAAGGGGGUGUAUGAGUUAACCAUAUCUGCGCGUGACACGCAAGGGUCGGGCACCAUGGAGAGCAUUGCGAAGGCGGUAAUUACUGUGCGAGGCGUUAAUCAGCAUAGACCGGAGUUUGUCAUACCCGCACUAUCAAAUGCCACCAUUGAGAUUCCUGGCGACAUUGUGCAAGCGGAUUACUUGCUACUCACUGUGAAGGCUCAGGAUAAUGACACGGACGAGAACGGGAAAAUUAGUUACCACUUGCAGCUACAUAAUCAGAAUGUGCAGGAAACAGGAGAGUUCAAAAUUGACGCGCUGACUGGGGAACUACGAGCCAGACAGCAAUUGAAUCGCAAAAAUCGCGCAAACUACGAUAUUAUUCUGGUGGCACGAGAUGCUGGAAAUCCGUCAUUCGAGUCCUUGCGGCUGCUCAGUGUCAGCAUUGUAGAUGCGAACGAGAAUCGUCCGGAAUUCCCGGAUGCUUCCAAUCCCUAUUCGGUUUCGAUCAACGAGAAUAGCGGACGUGAUGUCAAAAUCGGUCACAUUCAGGCAGCCUCGCGCAGCAAGCACAAUCGCGAUAUUUAUUACUACAUGCUCCUGGGCAAUGAGGAUGGCGCCUUCUAUGUGGACAAAACGUCGGGCGACAUCUUCACCAACAAGAGCCUGGAUCGCGAAGAGACGGAUGCCUACACAUUGUACAUUCUGGCGAGCAUCAAAUCCGAUUUGCACAUAUCCGAAGAAGAACGUGCUUCCUUCUCCAUAAAGACUCUUAAUCGGGAUAACACCGUGGCCAAGGUACAAAUUACUGUGCUAGAUGUAAAUGACAAUCCGCCCGUGUUUGAAAAGUCCGUUUACUAUGCGGGUGUUAAUGCUAAUGCCAAAAUGAAUGCGGCCAUAGCGCUGGUCAAUGCCAGCGACGCGGAUCAGGGAAAGAACGCCAAGAUAGAAUAUAUGAUUGUCGCCUCGAAUCUGUAUAAAUUUGGAGCCACCAAGUCGACAGGCUCCAUUGUGCCGAGUCCAUUUGCCAUUUCGCAUGAUGGACGCAUUACAGCGAAUACCAUAAUGGCGGAAUAUAAUCAGGAUCGUUUCGAGCUGGAGAUUGUGGCCCGAGAAAUCGAGCAACCGCAACGUUCCGCCAGUACAAAAGUUCAUAUUUGGGUCUUCGAUGGCACGCAAUUGGUGCGCGUUAUACUCUCGCGUCCUCCUGAGGAGGUUUAUCAGGAGCAGGAGGAAAUCAUAGCAGAACUGCGAAAUGCCACCCAACACCGCAUUAUUGUCGACGAGAUCCGGUUCCACUUGGAUUCGAUCGGACGCAUACGGAUGGAUUGGUGUGAUUUGUAUUUCCACGCGGUCGAUCCUCAAACCCAACAGAUUGCGCCGGUCGAUGAAAUACUCAAGGAUAUCGAUAGAAACUACGACUAUCUGAAGGAUUACUAUGCGGGCUUUGCCAUAGAGAACGUUGUGCCUGCCUAUAUUGCCAUUGCGCAGGACGAAUUCGAUCUCGCUGUAGCCGGUCUGGUGGCCCUCGUCAUCGUGCUCUUUGUAGGCGUCAUUAGCUUCAUUGUCCUUUGCUGUUGCCUUAAGCAUUGGAAUUUGUCUGUGCCAGUUGAGACGCGACGCAAGGAGGCGUUGAUUAAAAAACAGAUCAUCGAGGAUCUAAAUACUACGGAGAAUCCAUUGUGGAUAGAACAAAAACUGAAACUGUAUGAGGAGCAAGAGCUUACCAUGCAGGUCUUUUCGGAGCCUGAUCAUAUAUCCAAUUCCGAUGCGCCCGGCCACUUGGAGCAUCGCAGCUCACUGGAGCAAGUGCAUCAUGGACAGUCGGUAGAUAACACCUACGCCACCAUUCAGCCGCGCAAUAAUCAGAAUCGCCUCAAUGGCGGUGGCUCUCUGCGCAGCAGUGGCGCUGUAAGCGCAAGUGCUGGGGGCGGCAGCAGCGUUGGGGCCGGUCUUCUGCUGACCCGCGUCGAUCCGCAUGUAAACGACUUUGCUGACUACGCAACGCUGCGAAAUAAUCGUGCACCCUCGCAACUCUACGAGUUCACGGGAUCCACAUUUCAAGCGCCCAUACGAGAUGGCGAUGAUGCUGUCGCAGAGCUCAUUUAAGCAGCGAGCCUCAGCAGUUAAAGACAAACUUGUAAAUUAUAUAGCUACAUAUAUAUAGAUAUUCAGUUUGGCCCUACUGGAUGACAUUUGUUUUGGGUUUUAGUUCAACUGAUCUGAUCUGUUGCAUUUGUUUAGUUAUGCAUACAUAAAAUAUAGUACAUACAUACAUAUUUAUUAUAUGUAGCAUACACAUAAUUACUUACAUAUAUAUAUACAUACAUACAAGUAUAUAAAGCCCAUAUAGCGUAGUAUACAUUGUAUGCCAACAAAUAUUUAGAACUCAGCUAAUGGACAACAAAUUUGUAUUGUAAUGGGGCCAUGCCCAACCGCGUUGUAAUGUUAAACUCAAAUGAAUAAAACCCAUAGUGGACAAUUUCCCGCAUAAAUAAUGACAAUAAUAUAUAUGAAUAUGACAAUGUCUAGCGUAAUGUAUAAUGGUUAUGUAAGCGUUACGACUUAACAUUUAAAACCGAAUUCGCUCGAAUGUCUUCUCGAUAUUAGUUUUAGUUACGCUCUCUGUAUUACUAAGUUGUACUAGAAAAAAGACUAAUUAUUUGCUCUUCCACUUUGAUUUAUGUUUACGAUUCUAACUACAGCUUAAGUUUCUAGUUUAAUUAGCCGAACUUGCUCAUACAUUUAAUGAAACGGAAAUAGGUUUAGAGUUAUGUUUAGUUAUUUCGAAUAUGUUCGAUAAAUGCAACGAAUUGUAUUGCAGUCCAACUCAAAAUUCAUAAAAGCAAGUUUAAUCAGUUACAAAAAGAGUUUAAGCUUGCGUUUACGUAUACAUACUACUGUAAAAGUAAAUAAAUAUAUGUAUAUCAGAAUAAAUAUAUAGUAAAACGUAUUUAAAACCAGAA